CGGCAGCCGCGCUGACGAGCCGGAGCUCGCUUAGCUGUGGCGCCUGCGUCCAGCCCCGCGCAGUUAGGAGCCGCCUCUCAGCACCCGGCUUCUGCAUGGCCGCUGCUGCCGCCUUCUGCUUGGCCCAGAGCCUGCGGCAGCGCCCGGUCGCGGGGGCGAGUAGGAUAGUGCAUGCUGUCUGUUUUCCUGUAAUUCAGCUGCAUACGACUGGAGCUACCAUGCGAGUCAGUCAGGAGGUUUUUGAAAAGGCUAAAGAUCAGCUGAAGCUUUUGAAGGAGGACCCUGGUAAUGAAGUAAAGUUGAAGCUCUACGCAUUGUUUAAACAGGCUACCGAGGGUCCCUGCAGUUCUCCGAAGCCUGGUAUGCUUGACUUUGUCAAGAAGGCCAAAUGGGAUGCAUGGAGUUCACUUGGCAGUUUGUCUAAGGACAAUGCCAGACAGAAAUAUGUUGACCUUGUGUCAAGUUUGGUCUCUUCUGAGUCUUCUAGCCAGGUGAAAGAUACUACUCCUGACAGCAAACAUGGAUAUGAAACCCUACAGGUUACCACCACAGACAACAUCACUAAGAUAAUGCUAAACCGCCCUGAGAAGAAAAAUGCUAUCACCACACAGAUGUAUAGAGAAAUUAUUCAAGCACUUGAAGAAGCUGCCAAAGAUGACUCAGUCAUAACUGUAAUAACAGGAAAUGGGGAUUAUUACUGUAGUGGAAAUGAUCUGAAUAACUUUACCAAUAUACCAGCCGGUGGAAUAGAGAAGAUGGCAAAAGAUGGUGCCGUAUUACUCGAGAACUUUGUCAAGCAUUUUAUUGAUUUCCCUAAGCCAUUGAUUGCAGUGGUGAAUGGUCCAGCUGUUGGAAUCUCUGUAACUCUUCUUGGACUCUUUGACAUUGUGUAUGCUACCGACAGGGCCACGUUUCACACCCCAUUUAGUGAACUCGGCCAGAGUCCAGAAGGAUGUUCUUCUUACAUGUUUCCAAAGAUAAUGGGCUUAUCCAAGGCAAACGAGAUGCUGCUUUUUAACAAGAAGUUGACUGCAGGGGAAGCAUAUGCCCAGGGACUUGUGACUGAGGUUUUCCCUGACUGGACUUUUGAAAAGGAAGUUUGGAUAAGACUUAAAGCUUAUGCAAAUCUCCCCAAAAAUUCCUUGGCUCUGUCAAAGCAGUUAAUACGAGGUGUGGAAAAGGAGAAGCUGCAUGCAGUUAACUGUCAAGAGUGUGAACUCCUCAGGGAAAGGUGGUUAUCUGACGAAUGCAUGAAUGCUAUUAUGAGCUUCUUUGGGAAGAAAUCAAAACUGUAAUUUUUAUUGUUGGUGAAGAUCAAACUCCUGAAGCUCAUCUGUUUAUCCUCAUUGAAAGGAUUUUAAUAAGUGAAUACUCAUUUGGGGGGGUAAAUCCUAGUUGUGCCUUUUAUUGAUGUUGAUUAUUACUGUAUUAAUUAUUGUACAGAAACAAUUUUUAAUAAAAAUGUUAACUUGUAAGUUUUA